GGCACAGUUAGGUUAUUAAUCAACUUCUUUUUGGAUUCAGGUUCGGAUAUGGAGAGUACCAAACCUGACCCCUGGUACCCUGGAUCACACUUGUUUUCCAUUUCACUCAUGGAACACAAUUAAAAGUGUCGUGAGCCUUCAUCAACCAGGGACCUGAAAGGGUCUUUAAGCACUAGCCCAGUUCUCGAUAGUGUUGUCUUGCUUGUCUGUAUAGAUAAAGACAAUGGAGGCAGACUUGAUGCACCAUGAUAAUCAAGAAGAUGGAGCCGAAGAAGAAGACUAUGUGCUUCUUGAUCUUGAUGCUGUUUUUGCCCAAGUUGAUAUUUCUCCAGAUACACCAUAUGUUCUUUCUGGUCUCGACACUGCAGAGCCAAUAUUGAUUAUAGAUGACAAAGUGAAACUGAUUGGGAAAUAUGAAGAUACAAUCGGUACAUGCUUUGUUUUCUCAGAAAAUGAAGCUGCCCCUUUGAUUCUAGAAGAGACAGGACCAUCAGAAGCAAACCUUUUUGCAGGCAGAUGUAUAGUGGAUCCUAACCAAGCUCCAACCAAGGAAGUGAAACCAGUUGCACAGCUCCAGAAGAUCCUAAAGUUUAGGUUGUUAAUGGACGAGGAUGUUCAAGAUUUCAUUGUGGAAUCAAAGACAUGAAAUUUGUGAGUGGAGAAAUCCCCUCCUCCUGGAUUUCGAUGCAAAUAUUCUUUUCCGUAAAUGAAGAUGGUUGGCCUAGCUAGUUGAUGGUAAAUGCUGAUUAUUUAGUAAGAUGGUUUCAGAUAGAAUAACCUCGGUUGUGCUGUCAGACUCUCCCAAGUCCCAGUAGUUCCAUUUGCUCUACAGCAUGUAUACUGUUUUCUGUAGUUUUGUUAUUAAAAACGUCUGAUUUCAAACACACUAGUUUUGAAUUGUGUUCACUCGAUGGCAGAAAUCAAAUUUUUCUCCAAGGAUUUUAUACUGCUAGAUGCUAUAAAGGUUAACAUUACAUUAGUUAUGUCAGGGCAAUGAUAUAAUGUCAUGUUUUGUUAGAAGUAAUGAAUUCUAUAAUAUAAUGGUCCAUUAUAUUUCCUUC